AUGGGUAGGACUCGAGGUGAUCGAUAUCAGCCGAAUGACAAUCGACUGCCUGCGGCGCCGGUUGCCAUACCCCAAGAGUUUCAGCCACGGAAUCUGGGCGCAUAUGAUUCCUACAGGCCAGAUCGAAACGCACAGAUCCGUCAAGGUGACUACUUUCAGUGUUAUCUCCAGUACAGAAUUGACACAUACAACGCAGCGGAUUCGUGGAGACCGUACAGAAACGACGACUCGAAUUUGCAGACUGCCACCAAUUUCCAGUCCUCCUACCGUGACUACUUUGGCCGCGCUCAGCACGAGACACACCCUGCCGCCUCAGCAGGACUCAAUCCUGGCGCGUUUGCAGCCCAGACCCCCCGAGAACUACCGUCUUACUAUAGGCCGUAUCAACCUUUAAGAGUGUCGAAUGGCACACGCGAGAGGUAUAUCGUCCAGCACGCUCAAAACAUAUUUGAGGUACCACAGCCACAAACAUCAUCUCGAUACCAGUUCCGAGAGAGACGGCCAGCGCAAAUUGCUCCUUACAGCACUCCAGCCGCACGCGCACCUGCGUCGUCUGCUGAGACUGCGGGUAGACGAGGACAGGCUGGGAGUACCCCGGUUUCCAGAGCUCAGCAGCGCAGGCUAUGGAUCCCCGAUGUCAAGCCUCCUCCCGCCCCGACAGCCACCGAAGAGUACAAGAGACAAGCAGCAUUACCGCCCGUGCUGAGAGAAACACCACAAAAGCUGCUAGUCAUUCUCGACCUCAACGGCACACUCCUUGUUAGACCUCAGCACCAUCGUCCUAAGCACAUCAUUGUGCGACCUGGUGUCCCCAAAUUGUUGGACUACCUAUUCCAGAACCAUGUUGUCAUGGUGUACUCAUCGGCGAAGCCUGAGAAUUGUGCAGCCAUGGUAAGUCAGUUCUUUCAUCCAACUCAAUGGGGUGCAAUGGCUGGUGUUUGGGCUCGAGAUAAGCUGGGCCUCAGCAGAGAACAGUACGACACCAAAGUGCAGGUGUACAAGAAGCUCGAACCCAUCUGGGAAGACAAGAAAAUCAGAAAGAAAGCAGGAACCGGACGAAAGUGGGAUCAGAGUAAUACUGUCCUCGUUGACGAUAGCCAGCUGAAAGGCCUGGCACAACCCCACAAUCUGUUGCAGAUUCCCGAGUUCCUCAACAACGCGCCCAGAGAAGGCGGUCCAGCGCUGUUCAACUGGCAGCGGGAACAAGAACAAAUCGUCUAUUCUAUCCAGCAAAAAUUGGAAGAACUCAAAUGGCAGGUCGAUGUAUCCAGAAUGAUUCGAGAAUGGCAGACAGGCAAGCGACAAGCACCUGGUGUGGUCGACGAGACAGUAGAUCAAAAGGCUCUUCAAGGUGCCCCAGACCGUGGGCUAUCUCCUACACCUAGUGUCGGGUCUCCGGAGCUAAGCGGUGGUGAGGGUGACUCUUCAGUCUCGCGACGACUUCACGCUGCAGAACAGACUCUCCUGUCCGACGCCGAGGUCCUUUCCAGUCUAGAUGGACUCGAGAAUGAAAUUAACCGCAGCCUGAAUCUCAACCAGAAUCCUAACCAAGGCACAGACCCAGCCACUAGUCCUGCGAUUGCUAGCACCAGUGCCAGCAGCCCUGGCGUUAAAAUCCGGGACGAUCGACGAAAGGCCGUGGAGAGGCCAGCAACGUCAGCGAAAGCAUACAAGAGACGGCAGGCCAAAAAGCGAGCCCGGAAAAAGGCAAAGGCAAAGGCAAAGGCAAAGGCACAGGCCAGCGCCAACGCCACCGCAAGAAGAAAGGCCCAAAAGAAGCAAUAG